AAAAAGUCGCAGCUAUUGUCGCGCCGGGUUGCGCGCGCCGGCCGGGCCCCGCCGUCGGGCCCCGGGGGGACGGAGCGCGGACGCCGCGGGGACCGAGCCCAGGACGGAGCCCGGCGGCGGCAGCCCAUGGCCGGAGCCGCGAUGGCCGAGCCGGGCCACGGGCCGCCCGCCGCGCCCGCGCCCGGCACGGAGGGGCUGCCGCGCGCCUUCCUGCAGAGCCUGCGCACGCUGUUCGACAUCCUGGACGACCGGCGGCGCGGCUGCGUGCACCUGCGCGAGAUCGAGUCCCGCUGGCAGGGCGCCGACGCGCGCGAGCUGCCCCGCGGCGUGCUCGAGGGCCUGCGCCAGGUGGCCCCGGCCAGCGGCUACCUGACCUUCGAGCGCUUCGUGGCCGGCCUGCGCACCUCGCUGCUGAGCCCCGACGGCGGCCCGCGGGGCCAGGCGCGCGCCCCGGCCCGGGGAGGCUGCCCGGCGCGGCCCGGGGGUCAGCCGCCGCCGCCGCCGCGCCUGGUGUUCGCGCCGGCUGACGAGCCGCGGACGGUCCUGGAGAGGAAGCCCCUGCCCCUGGGCGCGCGGCCCCCGCCAGCCGUCCCCGGCGGCGCGGCCCGGAGCCUAGAGAAGCUGUGCGGACCCGCAGAGGCAGCGCCCGGUCCCGCGGAGCCCGAGCGGCCCCAGGGCGCGGCGCUGGAGCGGAGCCCGAGCGCGGACGCUGGUGCAGCGGCCUGCAGGGCCCGGGAGCUAGGCGUGGGCGAUGCCCAUCGGGCCCCCCGUGCCCGAGGGGAACGUCGGAGGCACACCAUCACCAACGGCGUGGACUGUGACCUGCUGAAGCAGCUGAAGGAGCUGGAGCAGGAAAAGGAGGUGCUGCUCCAGGGUCUGGAGAUGAUGGCCCGGGGCCGCGACUGGUACCAGCAACAGCUGCAGCGCGUGCAGGAGCGCCAGCGCCGCCUGGGCCGGAGCAGGGCCAGCACCGACCUUGGGACUGAGGGGAGCCCCCUCCCGCUGGGCCGGCUGCUGCCCAAGGUCCAGGAGGUAGCCCGGUGCCUGGGGGAACUGUUGGCCGCAGCCUGUGCUGGCAGGGCUCUGCCCUCAUUGUCCUCGGGGGCCCCGUGCCCAGCCCUGGCCCCCACCUCACCGUCAGCCCCAGGCUGGCAGCAGCAGACCAUCCUCAUGCUGAAAGAGCAGAACCGGCUCCUCACGCAGGAGGUGACCGACAAGAGUGAGCGCAUCACGCAGCUGGAGCAGGAGAAAUCUGCCCUCAUCAAGCAGCUGUUUGAGGCGCGCGCCCUCGGCCAGCAGGAUGCUGGGCCCUUGGACUCCACCUUCAUCUAGCCGGCCACGGGCGCGGGGCUCUUAGGACCUGGCCUGGCAGUCAGCCUGGGCAGGUGCCUCCUUGAGCCCCACUUAGGCUAAAGAUCACCUGACUGGCCUGAACACGGGUUUCUUCCUCUCUUCCGGCCGGGGCUCCCCCAGAGCGCCGCCCCCCCCACCCCCAGCCCAGGUGGGGCCAGCAGGCAGGCUGUGCCCCGGAAUGUCUUGUGGCUCCAGAUCCGGACUCGGUCCUGGCCUGGGGGGCUAAACCGGGGUGGGGCUUCAUUGUGCUGUCACAGCCUGAAGCUGCUCCAGCGGCUGUCAGCGGUCAGCGGGGGACUCCCCCUCGUGUUUACCUGGUCUCUGGCAGCCCUGGGCAGCUCGGCUUUGUGGCAGGCCUGUCCUCUCUGACCCGGGGUCUCGGGAAAAGACAGUGGUUUCCCCUGGCCUGCACUUCCGACCACAGCCAGCAGAGGGGCCUCACACACAGUAGCCAAGAGCUGCCUUGGAGCCGCCGCUGGGGGUUUCCUCCCGGGUCUGAGUCAGGGUCCCUGAGGGGGGCUGGAGCCCCAGGUCUCGGGGCUGGCCGUCCUUCAGCCGGGAGCACGUGGAGGGGAAAAGGGGUGGUUUCUAGUAGCGGGGUCUGCCUGUGUCUGGUUUUGGGGGAGAGUGAUCAGAGUUCAUGCCUGGGCCGAGGCUGGCCUCCUUGCCCCUCCUCACAGAUCCCAGACCCUAAAACAACUCGGGCCAGCUGUCACUCCUCCUUGCCAAAACUAAGCCCCACGGAGCGACCUGUGACCCAGGCUCAGGGCCUUGGGCCCGCCAGACACCCCAGCCAGGGCAGGAUGUGGUCACCAGGGUUGCUCUGGUGUGCCCCUGUCCUGGGGAGGGCCCUGUCCCCAGGAGCGAUGUCCGCAUGGGCCUCCCGAUGUGCCCCAGGGUUCCUCAUAGGCCAAGCGCCCCCACCAGGACCUACCCCACAUGAUUCGGGGCUGGACAGUCAGCUCCCACCUCCGGUCUUUGCAAAUGCUCUUCUGUCUCCUGGAACACCCUCCCCCUGCUUCACCCGGCUCGCUCCUACCCAGCCCUCCAGGAUGGAGUGAAGGACCGCCCAGAGGCCGGAACAGUGAAGGUGGCAGCCUCUGGGCGGGCGGGCUCGGCAGCGGUGACCUCUGGGGCGUCCGCCACGCCCGGGGGUUCUGCGUUCCCCGUGCUGCCUUCACGUGACUCGGGGGGCAGGAGGUGGCGCGUUGUCCGCCCCAGGCGUCUUCUAGCGGGAGACCUUCCGCAGAGCGUGCCCCUCCAGCUGAGGGAGAGGUGGAGUCGGCAGGCAACUCGGAUAGAAACCCCUCGUCCUUGGGGCUCUGUGUGGGGUGAACAAACGUGUCCUCUCUGCGGUCUGAAGUCAGGCGACCUGUGGGGCGCUAGAGGCCUCAGGGGAGACUUUUAAGCGGUCCUAGUCUGCUGGCGGAAGCCAAACCCUGCUCGGCAAAGCGCCGGUGACAUUUGGGGCCAAGUAAGUGUUGACGGGGGAGGGGCUGUCCCCUCCUGUGUGACGCCGACCGCCCUGGCUGCUGUCCACGCACUCGGUUCUGACAACCAAAAUAUCUCAAGACGUGCCAAGGCGUGGUGGCGGUAGAGACGCUGUCCCUGCCUGAGGAGUCUGUCCCAGAGGAGACCGUAACUUCACUUGGUCUUAAGGGGCUCCCGGAGGUCAAGUUCCAAGGAAAAUGAGCAUCUCCAAGGUAGAUUUUUUUGCAAACACUGUGAGGAGCCUCCACGACGAGCCAGCAGAAACCGCCGAUUCUGCAGACGGUUCAGACAGUGGAGCGAUCAGAGAAUAUGAGAUGAUUUUUGUUCGUCUAAAGAAAUAAAAAGGAUUCUUGAAAAUA